UGGAGCGCAGCUGUGGAGAGGAGAGGGUGAGAGAGGAGGUGAAGAAGAAGAAGAAGAAGAAGAAGAAGAAGAAGAAGAAGCGAGUGGUUUGGUAGAUUAAGAGAGAAGGACGCAGCCGGGUGAAUGACUCGGCUCAGAUGAUGUAAAUGUGCCCCGGGCUAAACACUUUGAACAAGAGCCCAGCGCUGCAACUGUAAUGUCUCCGCCAUGCACUCACUCUGGAGCCUGGCGGCCUGACGCUUCCGUCUUACCCCAGCAGAAACAAGUCUUCUUGGGGACACUUUUGGCUCUCCCCUCCCCGGCAGACCCCUCUGACGGAGGUGAUCUGAUGUGAUGGCCCAGCGUCCACACUGUCCCAGAGAGGCCCGUCACACAGCCUGUCUCAGUACUAGUCCCUGGUCCCUGUCUGUUGUUUCCACGCAGCCACUCAGAUAGAAACAACAAAGGAACAGAUCAACAAGCACUGGGCUUUAGGAGGCAACCGGAGAGAUCUAGCCUGGGUCAGGAGGAACAGUGGAGAGCAACUGUCUGUGUCUGCCUGGGGCUGUUUGUGGCUGGCUUCUCUUCUCCCCUCUCCUCUUACCAAUAUUCGCCAACAAAGAGGAGAAAGAUGGAAUAUCCCUCUCUCAGCCGUAAGCUUUUAAACGGCGCUGAGUGGCUUUUAAUAAGGAGAACAGCAGUUAACAGUGCACACCGCGGCCCUCGAUGGGAUUAAGUGGCUUUAAAUUGUUGAAGCCAUUAAAAUCCACACCAGCGUAGGGUAGGCGUCCUGUAGCGCCUUAUGAGUAUAUUUAUCAUUAGGAUUAACAAAGCUCGCCCGUGCUGCACACACUCACUCAGCAGGGACGCAUAUACACACCUACCCAUCCUUCCAUCCGCUUUGUAUUAGUGUGCUUACCUAAGUGGUUGAUUAGAGUGAUUCAAUAAAGCCUCCUCCCCAAGCCCCCAUAGGCCAAGCCAUAUUCCCAUGCUGCCAUCAGGACCAUCCUCUACAGACCACUCAUGUCAACAUCUGUAAAAAGCACAAGUGUUACAUCAAAGAUGAUUCAUUUUGUUACUGUACGUUGAGGCUAGGGCCCUGCAUGUGUGAUGGAGAACAAUGUGGCCUCGAACUAGAACGGACGCUCAGAUUCAAACUCAACUCACUUAUUGCAUAUGGGAAAUCCACUGCUUGGCCUUCACCUUGACUAUAAAAAGUAUCGAUCAAAGGGUUAGGGAACAAAGUAAACAGACAACACCCCUGGAGAAAAGGGUCUUUGUAAUACAAAACAAUUCAGGCCAGGGCUUUGUCUGUAAGCCAGCCUACACAUGCCGUCGUGCCCUAACACAAUUCCUCUGCUCCAGUUCUGCUCUCCAUCCAGGGGCGCUGCUCUGUGGCUGACCCUGUGCCUCUCAACAUGUAUGUUUCAGGGGUUGCGAUAAACAGAAGACACAUUUUUGUUUCUCACAAAAUGGACAAUAAUCUAUUGUAUUGUAUUCUGCUCUCUCAAUCCUCCAUAUGACCUAUGUCCUAACACAGUCCUUUCCUCUUCCUGUCCUGCUCUUCAGAUCUUCCAUAUGACCUAUGACCUGGCCAGUGCCAUGGUGCGUAUCGUCAACCUGAUUGGUAUGAUGCUGCUGCUGUGCCACUGGGACGGAUGUCUGCAGUUCCUGGUUCCCAUGCUGCAGGACUUCCCUCAGGACUGCUGGGUGUCCAAAAACAAGAUGGUGGUAAGUAGUGCUUUGCUGUGCUCCUAUACUAGGUGAGCAUCCAAAAUGGCACCCUAAUAUCUAGGAAGUGCACUACUGGGCUCUGGUCAAAAGUACACUGUGUGGAAUAGGGUGCCACUUCAGACGCAGCCCAAGUCUGUCUAAAUCAGAUUAGUCCCUCCCUGUUAUCUCAUCUCUCUGUCUCUGUAAUUACUGUACUAAGCCUGUAGCAUCAUGGGAAAUGGCUGCCUUGCAUAUCUGUCCAUUUCCCCGCCUAAAUCGAAUGUUUUUUUUUCCUUUAUCCUUUAUUCGCCCACAGUUAUUCAAUUUGCUGCUUUUUUUUUUCUUCAGUUAUUUGGAGCUCUCUCUCUCUCCACCAGCUCAGUAUGGUUUGGUUGUUUAUAUUCUGAAAGUGAAAGCUAGGCGGUGAGCUUGGCCUCGUACGAAAUAAUGACUUUCAGAGGACAGAAAGCCCUUAUCCAAUAUUGGUAAAGUAUUGACAAUUUUCCAGCGAGCACUCAUGCUGUUCUUUAAUUUCAUCACAUUGUUAGCUGCACUGCUGCUGCAGGUCCAUGUCUCAGAGAGAGAGAGAGAGAGAGAGAGAGAGAGAGAUUCGAUUUGUUGUAGAGCUCACAGGAGGCAGGCAAACAGCUCCCAGCCCUCAAAGAGGAUUAAUCUGGGAUCUGUGAAUAAAAAACAAUCACAUAAAAUUCUAAUUAGGUCAUUAAAGACAGACAGGCCAGUAGUCAGUAAGUGGAAACAGCAGCCUGGCAUGGCACGCUGUCUACUGUUAGGGAGGGAUCGCAUUGACCUAAACUCCUGCUCUGCAUUAUACAACACCAUCUUCAAGCACUAUGGUAUUUAGAUUGUGAUUCUAUCACUGAAAAACUGCGCUCUCUCAUUAAAAUCGAAAUGUGUUUUGUUUUGUUUCACUGGCUAAUUGAAUUGCAUUACUUUUCUUUUUAAUGUGUCACAGUACAGUGAGAAAUAUAAUUUCUCUGGGUUAGACUAUAGCUGAUGGUAUUAUCACGUCUUCUUCUAGCCAAGAGUAGUUUGGGCCUGAUAAGAAUCAGAGGGUAGUGAUGCCUUGACUCUUGUCUUUCCUUACAGUAGCUGCCCUAUUAUCUUAUUGGGUCAUCUGUUUCUACCUUUUUAGGAGGCACUAAUAACUCUCCUAUCUCUCAGGUUUUACCGCUGUGGAAAUGAGUUUGAAAGCAAUUUGAACAUGUCACCUCGGGAGAGAGCAGAUAUUGAUUCCACUUGGACUACCACGGGGAUCUAAAGGACAAAAGGGCAAUUUAUCCACAAACGAGAAAUGAAAAAUCACAUUUUUCUAAAUAGCUGACCUACUUUUUUGCCUUGCAGGCCUCUUGUGUCUCGGGCUCCAUUCAUUCAGUCACUCUCAUGGUUGUGUUUAGUUUCUGCCCAGCUAAGGCAGUUCUGUCCCUGAAUACUUACAUAUAGAAGAGUGUAUUACUACAGUAUGUUGGUGUAGCCAAGUGUUGAUGUUCCUAUUGAGGCAUGAUGAAGAGGACAUCUGUGGCUGUCUUCUUACAUGAUGAUGAUGAUGAUGACUAAGAGGAUGAUGAGGAUGAUGACUAUGAGGAUGAUGAUGAUGACUAUCAUUUUUGUACAUUUUAGUCAUUUAGCAGACGCUCUUAUCCAGAGCGACUUACAGUUAGUGAGUGCAUACAUUUUUUUCAUACUGGCCCCCCGUGGGAAAUGAACCCACAAGCCUGGCGUUGCAAGCGCCAUGCUCUACCAACUGAGCUACAGGGGACUAUGAGGAUUAUGAUGAUGAUGACUAUGAGGAUGAUGAUGAUGAUGACUAUGAUGAUGAUAAGAAGGACUCUGGUGGUCUUAGUGCUUGCUGACCUUUUCCCUCCAGACAUCUGGCAGAGUGAGAACAGUACCCCAUAUCACCAUAUCCCUCUCCCCUCUCUGACACCUUUUCUCUUCCUCUCUCCCCCCAUCCAGAAUGACACAUGGGGCCAGCAGUACUCCUACGCCCUGUUCAAAGCCAUGAGCCACAUGCUGUGUAUCGGGUACGGCAUGUACCCACCUGUAGGCAUGACGGACGUGUGGCUCACCAUCCUCAGCAUGAUCGUGGGCGCCACCUGCUAUGCCAUGUUCGUGGGUCACGCCACCGCACUCAUCCAGUCUCUGGACUCCUCCCGUCGGCAGUACCAGGAGAAGGUGAGUAACGUUGAUCAGAAUGGAUGGGAAUAUAACUGGGGAACUGGAUAAGCAGGAAGAGCUCAACAUGUAGGGAGAACAGUAUAUGUGUACCCAGAGGAGAGUUAGGAAAUGUUCACAAUGCAAAUGAAACCAAGCAGACUUAAUUUAGGCACCCAAAGUAUUGAAAAGAUUAGACUUCUUUAGAUGUGUAUUAGCCAGUAGGUACAGUACAGUUAUGCUCAGUUUCAGACCUAAAUGAGGGCUGAUUGAUGCAGGUUUCCUCCUCCCUUCACCUCCUGUGAGCUGCAGUGCUCAGGGCUGCGUGAUAGUCAGAGUCCCAGGCUCCCCUGUGUGGGGAUGAGAAGGCCCUGGCAGUUGGCCGUGGAAGCCCUACCCAGCUCCUAGCUCCAGCUCCCUGCCCACCUCCAGUGUGCCCCAGCCUCUCCAUGGGCCCAGUGUGGGCGAUAAUGAGCCUUGCUGCCAGGCAGCCACAUUGCCCACCAUCUGUGGUGAGGGACAGAGGAGGAUAGCCCCUGGAGAGGGUGGCAGGGGCUGUAGAGACCCCCACAAACUGUACGUCCACCCUCAGAGAGAGAGGGAGUGCGCGUGAGAAAUAGAGAGAGAGAGAGACUGAGGGAGUUGUUCAGGUCAGAAUCAGCAUAGCCAACAAGUCUCUCUGGAUACCCACUAUAUGUGUGUGUGAGCAAGUGUCUGCUUACUGUAUGUGUGCACUGAGACAUUGUAUAUUUGCGUGGGUGUUAGAAAAAUCAAGAGACUGUCCUUCAUAUCUGGAAGGAUCAACAGGGACAGGACACUGCUGUCAAAUGUGGGCUCCAGAUAGAUAAAACCACCUGCUGUGCUAUGGAAGUAGACUGGCUGCAUGACUAAUUCGGUGGAUGCAGAGUUCCUGUUGAACUAGAGGGGAGCAGACAGCCAUCCCAGCUCAGCGCUCAGCACUCAGUCUAGUCUGCUCUCCUGCUUUAGAGGUGCACCGCUUGCUGACAAUAAUAUUAGGCUUAUUAACAGCACCCCCCCCAAAAAUAAUAAUAAUAAAAAAAAAUAGAUAUAUUGUUAAGUGGUUGUCCCACUGGCUAUCAUAAGGUGAAUGCACCAAUUUGUAAGUCGCUCUGGAUAAGAGCGUCUGCUAAAUGACGAAAAUGUAAAAUUAAAAUGUAAAUUAGGCUCAUUAACAGCGGGCCCGCCUGGUCUGCCUGAGACUCCUCACCACAGAUCAGCACAUGGAGCAGGGGCCAUUCUGCUGCCAUCUUCCCAUGGGGCCACAGCCUCCUGCCUCAUCCCACGUCUCUCAGAAUCCUCUCCCCAUUCUCCUCACUCUCUGUCUGCCUGGAGGAACAUUAGCACUUUAAAUUGCCAUUAAUAUUUAAGAGUGUGGGUUUUCCCAUUUAUCUUUCUGUGUGCUCCAGUAAUUAAGCACGGUCUGUCUGGAUGCUGUCUUCCAUAGCUCGCUGUUUCUCCCUGUCGCUCACUGUCACUCACUGUCACUCACUGUCUCAAUGGUGUAGUUAGACACUAGCUAAACACCAAACAGUUCCACUACAACCUUUCAGACACAUGGGAUAGUUAGACACUGUAGCCAGUAGUUAGAGGCUGUAGCUAGACACCAGACAGUUCCACUACAUGGUGUAGUUAGAGCCUGUAGCUAGACACCAGACAGUUCCACUACAUGGUGUAGCUAGAGGCUGUAGCUAGACACCAUACAGUUCCACUACAUGGUGUAGUUAGAGGUGUAGCUAGACACCAGACAGUUCCACUACAUGGUGUAGUUAGAGGCUGUAGUUAGACACCAGAGAGUUCCACUACAUGGUGUAGUUAGAGGCUGUAGCUAGACACCAGACAGUUCCACUACAUGGUGUAGUUAGAGGCUGUAGCUAGACACCAGACAGUUACACUACAUGGUGUAGUUAGAGGCUGUAGCUAGACACCAGACAGUUCCACUACAUGGUGUAGUUAGAGGUGUAGCUAGACACCAGACAGUUCCACUACAUGGUGUAGUUAGAGGCUGUAGCUAGACACCAGACAGUUCUAAUACAUGGUGUAGUUAGAUGCUGUAGCUAGACACCAGACAGUUCCACUAUUAGCGCCCACUGUACUGCUGUGCUGAAGGUCAAGCGGUGUUAGAUGAAGUGGCCUGGCCAGGACAUGUUGGCUGGUCUCUCUAGCUAGCAUGCUAGAAAGACAGACAGACAGACAGACAGACAAUGUGAUUGGCCUUUUAGGUCAAUGUGUGUUAGUGUUGUGUAACAAAGGAAUCCAGGCCUGUAGAAUCCACUCUGCUUUCUAGUAGUUAGUAGGUUAGUACCAUAAUCCACACAAGAAGCUACGUACAGCACAAUCCCCUGCAGCUUUGGGAGGACAGGUGGCCAUGUCCAGCCAGUGGUCCAGUUGUUGCCCAUCUGAUCUGUGUCAUGGAAGACCACAGCUGUUUCUGUUCUGUCUCCAGGGCCUCCAGCCUAGAGAGAAACCAGCUGACACUGCAACAGCAGCCAAUGGACAAACUCGCCCAGUCAUCAUACUGGCCCUGUCCUACCAGAGGCUUGGAUUGGAGAACGGGGUGUGGUUCUACGUUGUCACAUUAGCAGUGAGGGUAGGUGAGGUAGCUCUGCAGGGUGAGGCUCUCACUUUGGGAUGAGCCUGCAGAUUUGAUGUGAGCAGGACAGAAUGGUGCAGGGUAGAAAGGCAUCAUUGCUACAGUAAGCGUGUGGACUGUUAAACUGUUGGUCUGUUGGCCUAUGUUCUGACAGAGCUCUGCUUUAUGUGUGGAACUGCUCUGUUCUGCUGUUGGCGUGGACCAACAGGCACGGUCAUCCCAAGGGGACAGUGUUCCCGCUUCCUUCCCAUUUACACAGAGCGGAGAGGACACAGGAGACUGGAGGCCUCAGCACAAUGAGUGAAACCAGGACAGAGGAGAGGAGAGGGAAGCAGAGCCAAGCCAAACGACACAACACGCCACAUUUAUCUUCCCAGUUAGCUGCCUCCCUUCCCCCCUCUGGCUCUGUCAUUAUGAUGGAGGGAGUGGCUACA